AAAAAAAAAUACAAAAUAAAUGUUUUUGUUUAUUUGUUUUCCUAUUGUUUGUUUUUGUUCAAUUACAGGAUAUUUUUAUUUAAUUGAAAAUCUGUAAAUAUCAUGGUAUCAAAGUAAUUAUUAUUUUAUUAUAGAGUAACUAAAAUAAUUAUGCAGUUAGAUUCAUAUCUUAAAUUGUAUAUAACCUCUACUACUUUGCUAGUGGGUUGUGUAGGUUUUGUUUAUUUAAUUUUAAAGUUUAAUAGGCGUUUUCGAAACGCUACAGAUGCUCUAAAUUAUUUAACAAUUGUAACUGUAAUCACUGAAAGCGAUUGUGAAGUCGUUAUAAAAGAACUACAGAGAAGAUGCAAAGUUUAUCGAGCGGUGGGUUUUGAUUGUGAAUGGGUGACAGAGCAUGGAAAAAAGCGGCCAGUUGCAUUAGUGCAGUUGUCUACAUUUGAUGGGUACUGUGGCCUAUUCCGACUAAAUAUGCUGCGGACUGUACCCAAUUCUUUAAAGGAGUUAUUAGAAGAUAAAACCAUAUAUAAGGUGGGAGUUGCACCAACUGAUGAUGCAAAAUACUUGUUUGCGGAUUAUGGCAUCAACCUCAACUCCUCCCUGGAUAUCAGACACAUAGCAGUGCUGUGCGGACAUCAGCCUGGCGGCUUGGCUUCCUUGACAAAAUCAUUGUUACAUAUUAUUUUGGACAAAAGUUGGAGGGUCCGUUGCAGUAACUGGGAAGCGGAGACAUUGUCAGAUAUGCAAGUGAAGUAUGCAGCAGCAGAUGCCCAUGUGGCUAUUAAGAUAUUUGUGAAACUUAUAGAGGAAUUGAAUAAACCUAGCAUAUACAAAGUGCUACAAAGGAACAAGAAAGAUAUAUGGAGUAAUUUGGAUGAAGUGUGUCUAAAAUAUGCUAAUUACAAUUUCACAAUGAAACAUGGGAACAAAACUAAGGAUAUUGGAGUUAAUAACUCAAAAAGAAACAAAGAAGUUUCCAAGACAUAUUCGAAUUUGACUCGCAGCAAACCAUUGUAUCACAACUGCUUUCUACAGGCGCCUGAUGGGGAGUUGCUGUGCACGUGUGACAACAAAAAGGCAUUAUGGUACGUCGAGAAACAGCUAGCUGAUGUAGUGACAGAAGAACCUUUAACAGUGAGACUUCGCUUCGAGCCCGCGGGCAGGUCGGUUGGCGAGGUAGGACGCUACUAUCAGCUCACCAAAGAAAACAAAUGCGUAGUCUGUGGCAACGCGAACUCGUACAUACGGAAGAAUGUCGUCCCUAGAGAAUAUAGGAAGUACUUCCCUGACAUAAUGAAGGACCACUCGUCACACGACGUACUGCUGCUUUGCGUGCAAUGCCACCAGCGCAGCAAUAUGGCCGAUCAACGGGUACGCGAGCAGCUCGCGAACUUGUGCGCCGCGCCGCUCGCCUGCAAGGACUCCAGCAAGUACGUGGAGGACUCGAUGCGCAAAAAAGUCCGCUCCGCCGCUCGAGCUUUACUCAACCUGUCGGCCAAGCUACCAGAAAAGCGAAGCAGAUGUCUAAAACACGUUCUACUUCAGUAUUAUACAGAGCACACCGAGAUAACCACGGAACUCCUGAAGGAGGCAGCGGAACUCCAUGUUUUAUUUGAAAAUACAGAUUAUGAAUCCCACGGUUUGAAAGUGGUUGAAUACUUUCUGGGGCAGGAAGGUGGUUUGCUGAGACUCGAAGAGGUAUGGAGAGAGCACUUCUUAACUAUCAUGCACCCACAAUAUAUGCCUGAGCUGUGGUCCAUUAAACAUAAUGAAGAGAGAUUACGUGUGAAAUUCAAAGAAGGGCGAUUGAGUGAAAAAAGUCUCAAGUCUAUUGGUGUCUCCGGAUGGCAUUGAUAUAAAAGUUUAUAUCGGCUGAAGUAAAUUACAUUGCAAUCUAUAGCAAGCAAAUGUCUUAUAUGAUCUCAUUUAUUUUCGUCAUAUCUCACAUUUGUUUUUCUUUAAAAUAUUGUUUGUAUUAUGCGUAGUAUAAGUAAGGCUGAUAUGUGCGUCAUUAUUGUUAUGGACAACUAAUAUAAACUUACUUAUUCUAGGCUAAAUGCAAGCCUAACUUAUGUAACAUUAUGCUGGGUGUACCAUAUGAUGUAUUUAAGUUAAAAUUAGAAAUAUAUUUUCGAAAUAAAUACCAAAUUGCGUAUGAUUUUC